AUGGAGGAAGAAGUUAAGGAGCAGAGUAAGACCGCCGAGCUUGAGCGCGAUAGGCGUAUUGAUGCUGCGCGAACCCUUAAAAAGUCUGAGGCCGACCUCGCGAAGGCUAGGGGGGACUUAAAGGAGGCUACCCGAGCCAGGGAUAGUGCCGCGGCAAGUUUGACUGGUGCCCAAAAACAGGCCGAGGAACAGACAAAGCACCUGCUCGCUGCCGAGGAGCAAUUGCAGAUUGCUAAGAAGCAGAUCAGUGAUUUAAAGAAGAAACUGAUCGAGGCAGACAAUGCUAAGGGCGUGGUGGAAUUUGCCAAGGACGAAGCUAUGAGGGCCAAACAGGAGGCUGAGUUUGCCAAAACUGAGGCCGAAGCUGCUAGGGACAAGGCCGAGGAAGAAGGUUACGAGGCGGGGGUGGUUGAAACUCAGGCCUCCCUUAAAGCUCAAAUCCCUGGAGUAUGCAAGCUAUACUGCUCCCAUGUUUGGGAAGAGGCCCUCAAACAAGCUGGGGUGGAAGUUUCGUCUGACUUUUGGAAGGCGGAGAACGUAUUUUAUCCUCCAGCCAUCUGCGAGACUGCCUCAGCCAGCUCUAAGGCUAUGAGCGCUCCACAGGAGGCUGGGGCUGCUCAGUCAGAAGUUGCUCAGAUCAUCGUCACUCCUAGCGAGCAAUCUGAAGGAGGAGAGCCUCAUGAUACGACAGAAGCACCUGGAGGUCUGAACCCCGAGAUGCCUAAAGAGGGUGCUUAG